CCAUUAAUUACUUCGAAUUUCUGAAUGUUUACAGGAAAAUGUAACGAAUUUUAUAACCUCAUAGAACCAUUAAUUACCCCCCAAUUUCUGGGUCAACCGAACCCCGCCAUCUCUUGUUCGGGGUUUAGUUUCUGAUGGGUUUUAAGCCCCAUCUUCGAUUUGAAUUUUUUUCUUUUCUUUUACUAAACUGAUCUGUGGUUUAGUUACUAGUUUCUCUCUUUAUGUUGCUACCUUGUGGAUGUUUGAUUCCUGUUCCCCUGCUUUCGUUUGGUUUGAAUGAAUUCACUUUUGAAGGGACUUUCCCCCCAAAUUCUUAAUACUUCCUUGUGUUUUCAUUAUGUUCAAUAAUUUUCAUACAACUAUGAAACAAAAUAACAUCCAGUAACAUUUUUAAUUUUGUUUUCUGUUCUUUAGGAUCAGGACAACUUAUGGAAUUUGCCCAAUGAUAUUCUGGAUCAGAUUCUGUCUCUCUUGCCCUUAAAGGAAGCUGUAGCAACUAGUGUACUUUCUUUCAAGUGGCGAUAUGUUUGGACUUCUUGUCUGGUGCUUGAUUUUGAUUUUGAGAAGAAUAUGAAGCCUUUAACCCAUUGCAGCCAUUACCAAGACCAAGAUUCCGAAGAUAAGGAAUGUUGGAGAUAUGUAAAUUGGGUGGAUAGUGUGGUGAAGAUGCAUACAGGCCCAACCAUUGAGAAGUUCAGGGUAUGUUUCCCUUUGGAUUUUUCUCACACACCUUUCAUUGACAGGUGGGUCCAAUUUGCACUAAAGAAAUGGGUUCAGGAUCUUGUGCUAGACUUUUCUGCACAAUCACACAAAUUGUUAUAUUUGGGAAAUGGGUUUUCUAAAGCUUCUGGUUUCAGUAAAUUUCGGGCUCUCAAAGAUCUUUCUUUGAAUAGCAUUGGGGUGACCAGAGGAGAUAUUGGGUUUGUGUUGUCAAGCUGCCCUUGUCUUGAGCAAUUGAAAGUUUCUAACUGCCCAAAUCUGACUAGUGUUACUAUUGUUGGCUCACAUUUUGCUUUGAAAUUGAAGUCUUUGGCAAUAGAAUGUUGGCAUAGUAUGGACAGCAUUGAGAUUUUGGACGCAAAUCUUGUAUCAUUUUCCUAUUCUGGGAAUCCUUUGAAAUUGGUGCUGAGCAAUGUCCCGUUGCUCGUUGAGGUGUCGAUAUCAGAGCGUGACAGCAUCCUUACUGAUGAUUACAGGGGUCUGAUAUUCACUCAACUUUCAGGCUGUCUUUCUCAGCUUCAUACUCUUGGAUUAGAUUUGAAUGGAAUGGUUGAUAUGGAAGUAUUUUCUGUUCAAACAUUACCAAAUAUCAAGCAUCUGGAAUUGGAAGUGUUGGGAGAGGAUAUUCUGAUUCUUGAACAAAUAAAUUGUUUCAUGAAAGCAUGUUCUUACCUGGAGAAGCUUGUGCUAAAGAUGCAAUUCAUAUUUCCAGAAGUAAAUCUUAAAGAGGCGUCUAACACAUGCUCCCAUCAUCACCUGGAGGUUGUGGAAAUUGUUGGGUAUCGUGGUCGUCAAAGUGCAGUCAAAAUUCUCAUGUUCUUGAUGGAGACUGCUGUUUCUCUUAAGAAGGUUGUGAUAAAUCCUGUCCGACAAUUAAUUCGUGGUGAAUCAGUGGAUGAGAGUGAUGAAGUGGUGGAGGAAGAAGAGGCAAGACAGCACGCUUUACACGAGCUUAGAAGGGAAGUGCCUGCUGCUAUAAGUUUCGGAUGCCUCUAGCUCUAGUUAAUAAUACUACUCUCUGUUUGGCAAAUAUAUUGUAUGCGAUGUACAUGUCAUUGGUUUUAGAUAUACCAAGUCCUUUGUAGUAUCUUACUAUACAACUAGAGGUGUUAAGGGUUUUUGGACCUGUAUAUGUACCCUUUAGAAUUUAGAUGUGUACCUGAUAAGAGAGAAAGCUGGAAUUUUCUGUUCUUUUUGUUGGAAAGCAGGACUUUAUUGAUAGAAAUGGAUUU